GGGUGGCCGAGUGACGGCCGUGUGUCAAGGCGCGCACCCCGCGCUGCCGGGGUCAGCAGUGGCCUCCCGAGAGGCUUUCAGGAAAAACAACUUGGAGGACCGAAGGCGGGCGCAGGCCGGCGGGGAACGCACACGGCCACGCGCACAAGUGUUCGGGCGCCACAAGCGCCUCUGCUCUGCGCGCUCGUGGCGCGAACGAACUGGACGGGCAGCCGCGGGGCGUGGGGUCCGGCGGGUUCCGCCUCCCGCCCGCGCUGCCCCGCAGUGCUGCCCCGAGCACCUGGGUGCCCCGGCUCCCACAGGGAGCGCCUGCUCUCCCGCGGCCCGGAUAAGGGCGCAGCGGCGAGGUGACCGCGCGCGGGGCGGGUCCUGCGUGGGAGGCGGGGAGCGCGGAGCCCCGAGCCGCCCGCCCACCUGCCCGCGACUCGAGCUCCCCGGCGGCGCCCGCGUCCCCCUCGCACGGCAGGGCGCGGGGCGCGAACCCGCGGGGAGCGCGCGGCGGGCGCAGGGGCGGCGGCGGAGGCGCCGGGAGCGCGGGUGAAGGGCGCCCCGUCCUCCACUCCCCGGAGCCCUCAACGCUGUCCUUGGGACCCGACGGGACGGGACGGGACGGGACGAGGCGCCCAGGGCGAGGCGGAGUCAGCGGACCCCAGGGCCGCGGUGGGCGCACCUGGGUCUUGCGCAUCCCCGCGCCGGGCCGCUGCUCCUGGGCUGGCGCUCGGGGCCGCUCCGCCCCACACCCCCAGCCGCGCGUCUGCUCCUCGGGAAGCUCCUUCCCCGCCCUACCGGGGAGCUGAUGCAGACUUGCAGAUCCUCCUUUGUGCUAAAGACUCUUAACCCAAAAUUGAAUUCAGUGAGUCAAGUCCAGUUCAAAGAGUGAAGAGGAGUAUAUUUCUACCUUCAGAUACUCAAAGUAAAUGUCCUGCCGGCUUUGCUGUCAAGACAGACACCGAUGAAGAGUGACGGGAACGCUGGCCUCUAAAUUGUGCAGAGGGCCCGCGGGGCAGCAUCGUGCAGCUGGGCUGCAUUGCUUCCUGCUGAUGCUGCUGGCUCAGCCUCUGCCACUGCUUGCCCUGGCACUGCUCACAACAUGGGCUGCGUUAAAUCAAAGCAGACUUUCCCGUUUCCUACCAGCCUCGAGACUGGCAAGCAAGGUGGGAGUGAACAGAGCUUUAUUCCAGAAGAGAGGGUACAUAGGUUGACUUCUCCAUGUAAAGCCCAAGGGGACAUGAACACACACCCUGGGGUCACCACGGCAGUUUCUGAGUACGCAGACCGCCUAUCCCGGGAGAUCCUGCAUGACGCCGUGCAGCAGUGGGCUCGCAACCAUGUCAAGUACUCCGAUAUCCCCUACAUUGAGAAUGAGGGCCCUUGACCCUGGGGAUGCAGCACUCUGCUGGACUGUGGGUAGUCGGUGCUAGUACAAAUACAUGAGCCAAAAGCAGACCUGUGUAAGUCAUGUAAAAGCGUGUAUGAUGGUGUUGCCAGCGCACGAAUACCUCAGGUGAGGUGUUUUGUAAGCAGCCCUGUGUCAAUAACAAUUUGGAGCUGCUUGCUCAUGGAUUCGGGUCAUGGAAGGGCUCAGCGGGGACCUGUGGCACCCAGUAAUCAGGUGUAUGUCACACCACUUUCAUUCAACACAGCAAUGGCAUCGCCAAAGAAAACACUGAGGAAUAAAAAGCCAUACAUUCCAAAAAGGAACAGAAAAUUCCUAUUUAUCAAAAUUCCCAGACAGGAAGGGUUUUGCUUUUUUCUCAAAAUGUCGUGGCAAGAGAAAGGCACUGACACCACAGUGAUCUGCAAUGGGUCUUGUCUGCCAAAACCAUUUGCAUCAAAGAUUCCACGGGUGAGAAAGCCACCUGUCCAGAAGAGGGUCCGCCUCGAUCCUCGGUGCCCUCAUGCACCACCGUUAGUGGAGGACCCCGAAUGCACGGUCAAACCUUGGACUGUGAGUAACUUCAAUCCGUGAGUCUGAGAGACAAGCGAGCAUUUCUAAGAAACCUGACCCUGAUGAACACGUGCUCACUGGAGCAGCACCGUGUGGUGGAUGCCGCAUGAUCACAGCUGGUUCUCUCACUGCUUUAGUGCUUUGGAUUAGGAGUGGGAUGAAUGCUUGCAAUCCAAGGUUUCACUGUGCAGCCAUCCUAAAAAGACACUUUUGACUGAGGCUAUGACGUUACUGUUUAUUGCAUUCAGUUAAGAAACUAUGUACUUAAUUGCCUUUUAGGGGGAAAAAAGCCAGUAAAUCUUAAAAAUAGCAGAAGCCUAGCCUGCAUUGUAGAAGACAGAGCUGGUGUUACUGUGGUUGGCUGUGACAUUCCAGUGGCUCAGCGAUACCACUGCUGGUAGAGGGGCCACGUGCCAUUCAGAUCACACAGGCCCAGAACACUCCUUCAGGGAAAUCUGUGUGUACUGCUUUUGGGGUAACCCAUGCCCAUAGGGCAUUUUUUGCCAUACCCUAUAUUCUCAAACUUAAAAAGUGUCAUAGCACAGUUUUUAAAAAAAUUAUUUGAUGAUCAAAGACAAAAUCUAGGAGGGGAAGAAGAUUACUGAGAGGAUGAAACAGGACUAAGAGUCAUCUUUUUCAUCCAGAUUCGCUGCACACUGAGCGUGGCUGGCCACAGCCCGUAUGUGUCAGAGCCUCUCACACGGUGUAAUACAUCGGUGCCACUGAAAUCUUAAGGCAGGAAAAGGCUUCUGCUCGUAAGCAACAGAAAAACUACCUCUACUUGCAUAGCACUUUGAAGCCACACUGAAAUGAGUGUUAGCUGGAACCUUUCUAACACUGUCGGACACCUACUCAUUCAGCUGUAAUUUCACCUCACCCCGCAAUGCCCACUGUUCACUGCUUCGUAUAAUGAGUACCCCUCCCACCAGACCAGUGUCUCGGGCCUGCAGGGAAGCCAGGAGGUUUCCUAAAGCACCGAACCUUUACAGCCAUCAUGUGUUCCUACGAGUGACUCAGGCAAAAGCCUAGAUGUUUUCCACUCAUUUUGUAUUUCGCAUCAGAAUAUUUUUGCCACUUAAAAGAUACUUAAGUAUAUAAAACAGUACAUUCUCCAGUGAGAAUACAAAGCCAUAUGGCAGUGUGUCACCGAGUUUUCAGCACAGGUGGAAACAUGACUAGUGGCUUUGGUUACAUCUGAGUAGCAUAGUUUGUGUGUCCUGUGGCCCGUGUCCCAAGCCAUGGUUCAUGUCCAUGUGGCAGCUCCAUGUCCAGAUGUCUCAUCCCUGCCGCGUGCUCGGCACCUCGAGUAGUUUCACCACCAAGCGGGAGCCCUCAGCGAGCGGCCCCAAGGCUUGUGUACCGGUGAGCCAUGGGUGACGCUCACGGAGGAGGAGUAAAGUUACACGCCUGGGACAGUUAUCGGGGUGCAGCUCAGGCUCAGUGCAGUGACAAAACUGAUGAUCAGCUCCUUUUGUGAAAAAAGUAAAGAAGCCCAGUGGAAUGGGUGCUGCGGGAGCCAGCGCCCCUGGGAAGGGAAAUUCAUGCCUCUGCUGGCACCAGCAGCUCAGGUGGAGUGAGGGUCAGCAGGCACGGAAGGUCAGCUCUUCCUCCUCACAUCGGUCGGGAUGCCGACACCCUCCACAGUAAGCCUCCCCGCUGCUGCCUCCCCAGCUGCAACCCUUCAGGCCCGUGCCUCUGGUCCCAGGACACACCACCCUCAGUUGCCUUAUAAGUUUGCCAACUGCCGCUGGCUAGUAGCACAAUUUUGAAGGAGACAAAGUGAUGAUCAUUUUAGGCCCAAAGAAAUAGUUUGUGUCAAACUGCCUGAGUAUUCAGAAUCAGCCCUGGACCAGCAUGAUGCUCCGACCUGCUCAGUGUCACUGCCGAGGCGUGAGACCAGGUGGAAGUGGAUGCUGGUAUCACAAGAUCGUGAUUUCCACGAUCAUGUCAUGUCAGCAAACAGUAGUUUAAAAACAAAGUUCUGACAAGUGUAUGCUUUAGUCACAAUGCCCUUACCCUGUCUGUAAAUGACAAGCCGUGCUCCUGCCCAGCUCGGGGCAUCCGUCACCCCUGUUUAUGGAGUUCGCUUUCCGCCAGCAGACCCUCCCCCUCCUGCACGAGCAGCUAGCUGGGACGUAGUGUAUGUUCCCAAAUGUCUGUGUGAAAACAUUUUUGUAAGCAUACAAUAAAUUCCAGUUUCAAUUA